UGGGGGCGGGCACAGCGCGCGGCGGUCUGUAACUGAUUUCUGGACUUGUGGCUGCGGCGGCGCGCGCGGAGCGGCCUGGCAGGGCAAGGGCGCCAGAGCCGGCUGGGCAGCUAGGCCUCCCCACGUCGGCCGGCCGCUGUGCCCUCGAUGCUGGUUGUGGGCUCCGCGAAGUAGAGCCGAGACUGGGCGGUGGGCGUGGUAAGAGGCUGGGGAACCCGCGCAUCCACUCAGGUAGAUGCGGCUCCGCGACGAUGGACGCCCUGGAGGAGGAAAACUUGGCGCUGUCCUUCUCCUCUGCCUCUGAUGCUGAAUUUGAUGCUGUGGUUGGAUAUUUAGAGGACAUUAUCAUGGAUGAUGAGUUCCAGUUACUGCAGAGAAAUUUCAUGGACAAGUACUACCGGGAGUUUGAAGACACAGAGGAGAACAAACUCACCUACACACCUAUUUUUAAUGAAUAUAUUUCUCUAGUGGAAAAGUACAUCGAGGAGCAGCUGCUGGAGCGGAUCCCAGGGUUCAGCAUGGCGGCCUUCACGACAACGCUACAGCACCAUAAAGAUGAAGUGGCUGGUGACAUCUUUGACAUGCUGCUCACAUUUACAGAUUUUCUGGCUUUUAAAGAAAUGUUUCUGGACUACAGAGCAGAAAAGGAAGGCCGGGGACUGGAUUUAAGCACCGGCUUAGUGGUGACAUCAUUGUGCAAAUCCUCUACUAUCCCAGCUUCCCAGAACAAUCUGCGGCACUAGGUCACGAAUGGGAUCAUUCUGGAUGUCACCAGCUUAGUAGUCUCAGAGAGAGUUUGGCUGAUGAUGACAACAACAGAAGAGUAUGUCUUGGAAAGACUGAACUGUUCUGCAGCCCUUCAUUCAUGUUAAGUAUUGAUGGGUCCAAAGCAUGACCUGACCCUCCUGGCCCCAUUUCUUCUGAAACACCUUCCUGCAUUCAGUAACCCUAGUGCUCUGCCCUGUGGGUGGUUCGCUCAGGUGCUUCUGAACCAGGCUCCAUCCCCAGCGUUUCCACCAUGCAUGCCAAUGUGGCUGUCAGCAGUGUGCAGGAGCCCACUGUUACCAGCCUCUGUCCCCACAGGCUUUGCAUGAGUCCUUUUGUGUACUCAGAGCUCUUUUUUACAUACGUCAGCAUUUCAGUCCCUCAGCUUCAGUGGGGAUUCUGUUAGGGAGUAUUAAUCCAGGAAGUCACUCAGAUGAGCCAGCCGCCAGGCCUGAGAUCUCAGAAUCUCCUGUGACCCCUAUCCUGGCUGGAGGAAGCUAGAGAUGGCCUUUACCUGAAAGCUCCACUGAACAUCCACUCCAUCUCCCGUCAGUCCUUGUAACACCAUCUUCUGCUGGUUCUGACACAGUCUCCCUGUUUCUAGAAGUCUCUUUUUAAACAUUAUUUUCAAGAAAAUAUUUUUAUAGGUGACUACUCAGGCUAACCUAGUGGAUAUGAUCUUGGAACUUCCAUGAUUACCCACUUAAAGAUCAAAGUAUUAUAUGCUGUGUGCUCGUAGUGGUCAGUGCUGUGAAGGCAAAAAUGCUUUCUACACUGGCGUGGAUGCGUGUGCUGCAAAGACUAAAGCUAUCCUGCUGUCAUAGUAAAGUCAUGCCGCUCUCCUGUCAAAGCAUGUUAACUGUGUUUCUGCACGCUUAAGUCUUUUCCAUACAAGCCACUUGGUGGCUUUCUGGUGUAGUAGAGACUGCAGUCUCUUCUUCCUGUCCAAACCUCUCCCGCCAACGUGGUGCCCCCUGUCUGGCUCAGCAUGCAUGGGGCCGGUGGCCACUAUUGGCCACCUUUCAGCUCUCACGUAACAGUGUUUGGUAGACCAUUACCGACCUGGAAACAAAUCACAUCUUUACAAAGAAGAAAAAACAGUUCAAUUCCUCGUGUGUAAUUUUGAUUUCAGUUUUUAUAGUGACAAUGAGAAUCUGUGCUUCUUUUCACUUCA